AUGCAGCGCCGUAUGCUCACGAAAGAGGAUGAGGCCGCAGUUGGCGAGGAGGUCGAGGUCCGCAGGGAAGACCAGGAUAAGAUCAACAAGUUCAGCAGGCUGCAUCAAAAAGAGCUCUCAAUAGAAGAGGACCUGACGGUCAAGAACAAGGAAAAGGAGGAGAUAGACGAUAUCACGCUCGAGCUCGAGCUUGCCGAUGAGGACGAUGUAGUACCAUACAAAGUUGGGGACGCAUUCUUCCACGUACCGCUUCCCCAGGCCCAGGAGAUGCUUGGGAUAGCAGGAGCCAAAAUCGAGGAGGACAUCACAGAGUUGGAAGACACGCUCAGCACGAUACGCGAGGAGAUGACUCAGCUGAAGGUUGAGCUGUAUGCCAGGUUCGGCCGGAGCAUCAACCUCGAGACAUAG